AUGAGUGAGAAGAGCAUCGGCCAACGUGAAGAUGUGGCGUGUGACAGGAAAAGAGUGUGGACUUUUGCCAAAUACAAAGAGGGAGAGCAAUUCCUUUCAGUUAGCAGAGGAGCUAGAGAACGCGGUGGAGAAGCUAGCGGAGGAGAACAAAGCCCUGCGACUCCUGGUGGGGGAGUACAAGCAGAAGAUAGAACAGCUGGAGAUAGAGUCCAGCAAGAAGGGCGAGAGGAUACUGCAGCUUCAGGAGAGGAACUUUCGGGCUGUGGUGGAGGCAAGAAGCCCGUGGCCCAGCAGCGUCAGCGCCUGGAAAUCUCAUCACUUCUUCCACACAACAGCAACAUGUCUUCCUUCAAGUGUUCAAACUGUGGGUGUAGUACCUCAGUCCAGUGCUCCAGCAACAACAACAACAUUCACAACAACGACAGCAACAAGAGCGGGUACAACCGUGAUGGCAACAACAAGAACAGCAACAACAAUGAUAUGUACCUGGCGGACCUGCUGCGGAUGACGGAUCAGAAGCUGCUGGAGCUGCAGAGGGAGGUGGAGCAGAGCCAGCGCCACGCACACCACUGUGAGGACCAGUGUGUCACCCUCAGGAAACAGAUUUCGAGGAGGGAGGCUGAGAUCACCCGCCUGGAGGGACUGUUGGAGGGAGGCAGGUCGGCAGCGGCGGUGGUGAGGGACAACAAGCUGCAGGCUGCUCAAGCUCACCUCCACCAGCUGCAGUUACACAAUGAUUUGCUCACCAAGACUAACCUGCAGCUGGAGAACAAGCUCAAGAACAUCCUCGGUGAGACCCACGAGGCCAUGACCCGAGCAGUGGAGUUGGCUGACGAGAACACGACCCUCACACAUGACCUCCAGGAUGCAGAGAGCACCCACCGCCUGCUGGAGGAUGAUGCCCUCUCCACCGCCCAGACUCUCUCUCACCGCCUCCACCACACCAGGAGCAAACUGGCCCAGUGUGAAGGAGACCUGUCAGAGCAGCACCACAUGUACCACCUAGUGAGGGACGAGAGGGACCGCCUGCAUGGGGAGCUGGUCCACACCCGCCACCAGCUGUCCCGCCUCACCCACGAGCACACCCGCCUGAUCACCCAGCACGCCCCCAUGGAGGAGCAGCUGCGGAAGGGCCAGGAGGACACCAAAACCUAUCUGGACCGCAUCAACCACCUCACUCUGUCAUUGCAAGAAGCAGAGGGGGAGAAGAUGCAGCUCUCAGAUGAUGGGGAGGCACUGCGCAAGACCAUUGUGGAACUGAAGGCAGAGAAGGAGGCACUGAACUCCACCCUGGCGCAAGUGAGGGAGGAGCACGAGGCAGCAUCACAGGGGAAGCAGUUUUAUGCAGCAGAGACUGAGAAGCUAGGGCGGCUGAAAGGGGAAGUGGAGCAGGAGCGGGACUACUACAAGGAGGAGGCAGCCAAACACCAGUCCCAGGCUGCUGCCAUGGAGCAGGAGCGUGACCUGUACAGGGAGAAGAGUGCUGAGCUGGAGAGAGAGAAGCAGCUCGUGGAACAGUCACGGUCCUUCCUUGGGGAUGAUGUGGCCAAGCUGCAGGCACAGCUGCGCCAGGUGCAGCAGGAACGUGACUACUUCACCGACCAGCUCAAUCAGACUCAGGGUGAGAAGCGGCAGGCAGAGCGUGAGCGUGAGUACUACAGUGAGCAGGUGAUACAGCUGCUGGACCUGCUCAAGACCAAGCCCUCCUCCACUCCAUCCACACCCAUGCAGGUGUCCCGCCCUCGUGCCAAGACACAGUCUCCAGAGACAGAGCUGGCACGGCUGCAGUACGAGAGGGAUGUGCUGCGGCAGGAGCGGGAUUUCUAUAAGAUGCAAUACCAGUCCCUCAAGAGCCAGCGUGAUGUCAGCUCCAGGGGUUCACCCACCUCUGGCAGCCUUCCAGGGACAGCUCCAACACCUGCUGGCCCCACUGCUGCUGUUACUACUGCUAGCACCAUUACUGCUAUUGCUGGCACUGGUAUUGCUGGUGUUCCCUCAUCUAUUGGGGGUCCAACCACCACUAUGGCUGGUGUUGGUGUCGGUACUAGUGUUGGUACUGGUGUUGGUGCUGGUGUUGGUGCUGGUGUUGGUGGUGUUGGUGGUGGGAUGGCAGUACCUGUGGGUGUGCCAGGUAUGGGGCCAACAGGAGGGAGUCCUAGAGGGAUGGGAACAGCUGGGCCACCUCCACCACGCCCCCUGAGUGUGCCUAUAGCUGAUGUGGAGACCCUUCGGAGGGAGAGGGACUUCUUUAAGCAGCAGAUGGAGUACUUCAAACAGCAGCUGAGUUCCCAGGCAGGUCGUGCAGCCCCAGUGGUGCCUGGACUGGGCAUGGCUAUGGACAGUGACCGAGCCUCUGCCCGCGGCCCACUCACCAGGGGCUCAUCCGAUCCGUCCCCGCCUCUGGAAGGUGAGCCUUCAGCUGCAGCAGUAACAAGGGCCGAGGUGAGGGCAUAUCAGCAGGAGAGGGAUUUCUUCCGUCAGCAGUAUGAGAACCUCAAAGCCAGCAUGUCUCAGCCACACCCUCAGGCAAGAGCUGGUGAGGAGGUUGACAUGAGCAGUGUACUGAGGGAGCGAGACACACUGCAGCAAGAGAGAGACUUCUUCAGGGGCCAGUACAAUGACCUGUCCCGUAGAAUGGCCCAACUCACCUCUACAGGGCCGACCAUCUCUCAGACCCUUCGACAGGAGAUUGAUUCCCUUAUGACUGAGAAGCGGAACUCCAACAUUGCUCGGGCAGAUCUUGAGGGCCAGGUGCGGAUCCUGACAGAGAGGCUGGCUGAGGCGGAGAGGGAGAAGGCAGAGAUUGAUGGCCACACCAGGGACCUCCACGCAGCCAUUGAGAAACUGCAGGAUGCAGCCACCCAGAGGUUCCCACCUUCCACCCAGGCCUUCAUCUUGGAGGUGCGCAAGGCCCGGGAUGCAGCCAUGAGUGACCUGGAGAAAGUGAAGAAAGAACGUGACCAGCUGAGAGAGAAGCUAAGGGCCACCAGCACCCAGACAGCCCGGGAGAAGGCAACACUGGAGGAGGAAACAUUUAGCUUGCGUCGACUGGCAGAUGAAGGCAGCAGGACAGCCACUGACCUACAGCAGCGCCUCAACUCCCAGGCAGCACUGGUGGUCCUGCAGGAUCAGGCACAGAACCUGCAGGCAGCUCUGCAGGAGGCUCACGACAGAUUAGGACUCCAGGGCAAAGAGUCUGAUGAAUUCAAGCGGUUGUUGCAGCAGAAGGUUGGUGAAAUAGGUGACACAGAGCAUCAGCUGGAGAUGCGGCUGAACCAGCUGAGCAGCAGUGAGGCCCGGCUCAAGGAGCUUGAGGCUGAGGUAGUCCGUGUGAGAGAGGAACUGGCGGACUCCAGGGCAGAAGUCACCGCCCUCAGAGCCUCAGUGGCCCGGCUAGACCAUGACAAGGACCUCCUCAAUACUGAGCUGGACACCAAAACAGAGGGUGUGGCAUCCCUGAGAGAGGAGCUGCGCAAGAGGGAGGCACUUGUUGCUCAGCUGGAGGGAUCCGUCACCAGGCUGGAGGGUCGCCUUGAGGCGGCGGUGUCAGCGGCAACGGCAGCAGAGAGGCGGGGCGACAGGCUGCAGCAGGACCUGGUGGCCACGACACAGGCGCGAGAUGCAGCCAACAAGGAGAUACGACGGCUGCACAAGGAGCUGAUGGGACUGACACAGGAGCACAAGUCUUUGCGAGAGGAGCUGAACAAGUGCAUCACCUCCAAGGAUAACUUCAAGAAGAAGGCACAGGAGUACUGCCGCACCCUAGAGGACAUGACCCACAUGAUGGCCUCCAAGGAUUGUGACCAGGCAGCCCUCAGGAAGCAGUACUUGAGCCUGAAGGAGACAGUGUCCUCCCUCAACUCCCUUAAUGCAUCCCUGGAGGAGGCAGCCACAACUCGCCAGCAGGAGGUGGACAAGAUGGAGGAGCUGAUGACUAAGUUCAAGGAGGAGAGGGAGCAGCUCAUCUCUCAGAUAAUGGAGGCCAGCCAGAGGAGUGACCAGCUGGAGGAGGAGUGCCGCAAGCUGGAGCAGGAGAAGUACCAGGUGGAGAAGGACCUGGUCACCACCCGGGACAUGGCACACAAGCUGGACAUGCGGCGGGGACAGGCAGAGUCUGAAGUGGCCAGGCUCUCAGCUGCCCUUCAGAAGGUGGAGGAGGAUCGGCGUGGACUGGAACAGCAGGUGGAGAUGCUGGCAGGGCAGCUGAGUGGAGAGCGGUCAGCAGUGCGGUCUCUGGAGGAGACGCUGAACCAGAAGCGACGCACUGAGUGGUCCUCAGAGUCUACCAUCAAGCAGCUGCAAGUGGAGAGGAGUCAGAUGCAGCGCAAGAUAUCAGAGUUGGAGGGCCAGCUGGAGGAUGAGAUGCGGGAGAGCAAGCGUCUGCGCUCACAGGCAGCAGAGUUGGAGGCAGAGCUGGAGCGGCGGAAGAGAGAGCUGACGGACGAGCGGUUUGAGCGAGAGCGGACCAGCCAGGAGCUGCGGCGGGUACAGAGAUUCCAAAAUGUUAGCCGAGCGCUGGAUGCCCUGGACAGUGGGUCCCCAGCCCACACCCAGGGUACAGGACUCCCUCGGGUGACCCUCACACCAUCCCCCUCACCCUCAUCCCAGCAGUGCAGUGGAUCAGACUCCCCUCCACUCGGUCCCGCCCAGCAAGAGGAGCAGGGCGGGGCGGCCCGUGCCCCCUCUGUCCCUCUCCACUCCUCCUCCUCAGACACUGGCCUGGAGAGAAGUCAGGCAGUGUCCAGUAGCUCAGACUCCCACCAUGAACCCUGGCGCCUUGCCUUCGGGAGCAGGGGCCGUGUCAGGCAGCCUCCCUCAGCCAGCCAGGAGAGUGUGUCCCAUCCUCCCUCUUCACACAGGGCCUCCUCCUCACCCCUGAGGGAAACACCUGUCCCCUCAGCAGCAGCAUCCAGCCUCCCAUCUCACUCCCGGGCAGAGGCCAGUCCUGUGUCCUCGUCUGGCACGCACCCCAUCAGAAAGGGACCUUCGUUCUCACUGAUCACAACCUCUUCCCCUUGUUCACCCCAGCCUGGAACCACCACCACCACCACUGAUCACUCCUCCAUGGGCCCCUCCCCUGCCUCCUCCCAGGCUCCUUUGCCCAGUGUGCGCCCCAAGGACAAGGGUCAC